CCUGUCACUUUUUGUAUAACAGCAUUCUGGCUUUAACCUAAAUAACAAAUCGUAGGCUUGCUGGCUCACAAACUGUUUAUAAGAAGUGUGAAGUGCGCGAGAGAGGGAGGGGGCGCUAGAGCUUGUGAUGCCCUUCAGUAAGCCACCAGCGAGACUGAUCCGCGGCCCCCACAUACGACAAAACCGACGGGGGUCCACUGAAGAGAAGAGGACAGCGACCGAGACAGAGAGACGGGGUCCGAAUCGCCAGAACUGUCGCCGAAAAUCGAGUGGAUAGUCUACAUCGUCACGCGCCAGGAGUCUUUUGCCUAGACAGGUGCUCCAAAGAGCGGGAAAAUGGGCGUGGCCACGAAUACUCUGAUCCUUCUUGUCUGCUUUUCGGGUGCUUUGAUCGCACCGGCCUGGUGUCAAGAGGGGGCGUGUCUGAAGGACGGAAGACAUAAAAGAGCACCGAGUCCAGAGCCGCACCUGAAGGAGUGUUCGCUUUACACAGAAAAUGCAUGCUGUUCAGUGGAUGACAUCCAUGACCUCAUGGCCCCUCCUGCCAGUUUGGAAAAAGCCCAUUGGGACAAAUGUGGAGCUCUGAGCCCUGUCUGUGAGAGCUUCUUGAAGCGUGUCAUCUGCUUCCACCGCUGCUCUCCAGAUGCCGCACGCUGGCCACACCCCCAACAUGGCUCCACCCUCAAGGCAGUGCCACUUUGUCACAGCUUUUGCAAAGACUGGUACGAUGCCUGUAGGAUGGACCUGACCUGUGCACGUGACUGGGCCAGCGACCCUCGAGGGCAGAACUGCACUGGGAGCUGUGUGCCCUACCAGCAGAUGUACCAGCAUGGGCGUGACCUCUGUGAGAGCUUGUGGGGUGACACCUUUAUGACGGUGGAGGAUGAGGCCGGAGGCGCCAACAGUGAGGAAGGGGGCCACACUUGCGGCUGCCUGAACCUCAGCCCUUCCGACCGGGAUGCCAUCGCCGCCUUGCGCGCCCACGGGGAGGACCCGGAGGAACUGGACACCACCAAGAUGGGCUUGCCCCAGUACCGCGCUCCCUGCCCAGCUCCAGCCUCGGCAAAGCCUGGCUCGGCACUGCCCGCACAAGCCCGGAGGACCGGCGGCAGCAGCAGCAUCAACACCAUCCUGCGCAAGCGCUCCGUGCCACUGGGCGAGGGCGAUGCAGAGGGCAGUGGCAGCGGCUUUGAGGGCAGAGUGUGAGCUUUCACCCUGACCCUGACCCUGUGUGUCAGCAGUCUCCUUCCUCUCUAACUAAACAAACCUCCCUGAGACUAGACUUCCCUAUAUCAUAACCCAUUUCAGAAUCCUAUACUCAUACUGCCCAUGUAUUGGCUCAGAUUCUCUCAUUAGAAGUUCUUCUCUCACAUACAAAGACAUCAAAUUGUCAGUGAAUCAGUGAUUUUGGCAUUUUAUCUCUCACUCAAGCAGGUAAAUAACAAAUGUUAGUUUGCUGUGAUCUGCAAUGAUACUACAACAGCAAGACAGAAUGUCUAAGAUACAUCUACUCCAGCCACAGAGAGUAUUUACAAACUCUGCCAUAGCUCAUAGUCAAUUUUUUGUUUCAGUAUUAUAUACACAGUACAUGAAAUGAUUUGGGCCAGAUUUGAGUGUCAUUUGCAAGUUACAUAACUCCCUGGCAUGGUGGGUUGUCUCUUGUAGAGGGUGAGGCGAAGGUCAGUGCAGAAUCCAGAACACACAGAGCCUGCCAGAUCCCCUCGCGUAUAAACCUUAUUCUAGCUAGUCAAAUCCUGUCAUUAAUCCAGGUGAGGACAAACAUCAUGUAUUAGCUGGCACAUUGCAUGACAUCAUGAUAUUUUGCUGAUGUACAUAGUGUUGUAGUUCUUCCUGAAGAUUUUUAGGUCCAACGGAGAAGACUGAAGCUACUUAGAGAGAAUGUGAUGUUCCGUAGCCAUCAAUAGCACAAGGCUAUGGUGUACUGGUGUUCCGUUUUGUAAGCAGCCCGUAGAUGUUCUUUUUGAGGUAGAGAUACAUUUUCUUUUGAGUCUUCAGAAAUGACAACAGGUGAAGAAGGCCGCAGACAAUAUUGUCCAAAAUGACAAGAAGGUUUUUGUGUCAUACUGUGUUUAGAUCUAACAACAGGCCGCUGCCAUAGCUUAUUGUAUCUACCUGAACUGAGGGGGUAGACUCAUAGAAAAACUAUAUGUCUGAUUUCAGUUGGUCAAGUGAAAAUGUACUGGUAAUUCUGUAAUGUUUCCUUGAUGUCCUCAAUAAAGACUCAAUUUUUAGA